GUACGCAUGCGUUAUGCAUAUAUAUAUGGCAUAGCGCAUGGAGAAGCUCCUUGGUUGUGCCUUGGAGUUGUGGCGAUCGAGCGAGCUAGCUAGCUAGGGAUAGCGACUGUACCGACAAUUGAAUACAGUCUAUUAACGUUAACUUUUCGUCAUAAAUUGCAGCAAGUUCAUGGCAAAUUUAGCUGAUGAUGAGGAUCUGGCUCUGCAAUUGCAACAGCAGUAUGACAUGGAGGAAGAGCAAGAACACCAAGACUUAAUGAUGGCCAGAGCUUUAGCCGCUGGACAUGAUAUAUCCGAUUCAGAUUCAGAUGAUGACAGACCUUCAACAAAUAAAAAAUCAAGCUUUCUACCUGAACGUACAUCCAGCGACUCAGACUCUGAUGCCACAUACAUUGAAGACGAAGAUGAAUUUAACACCAAUGACAACCAUCCGACGACGAGACAAGCAAAGCGGAAACUGGAAUCCGACUCAGAUUCAGGCCCACAAAAUGAGGAUGAAGAUCGGAAAGGAAAGAAGAAAACUGGAGGGAAGACUAAAUCCCAGGAGAAGAAAACAUUGAUAUCACAGUCCACAAAGAGAUUGAAGAAAGAGGACACGGUGAUCAUCGAGGAAGGAGAAACCAGCAUGCCCAGUGGGUCAAAACAGGAGUGCCCUUAUGGAUCCAAAUGCUACAGAAAGAACCCUUCUCAUUUGGAAGAGUACAGACACCAAGGCAAGAAAAGCCCUGCAAAGCCUUCACCCAAGAGACAGAAAUCAGAAGGAAAGAAAUGUCCACUGUCCUGUCCAGAAGCUAUUGAGGAGUCAUCACCAUAUGGUUUCCUUCUUACAAAAGUUGAGGGGAUUGCGUCGACCUAUAAUAAUCAGUAUGCUGUGCAUAUCAAAGAUAUUCUAGAUCCGUGCAUGGGAAAACUGGUGGAAUCAGCUCAGUUCAACUACAUGUUUGACAUACCAUGGCUAAUGAAGCAGUAUCCAAGAGAGUUCAGAGAUAAACCAUUACUGAUUGUACAUGGAGAGCAGAGGGAAGGAAAAAUAGCACUUCAUGAAGCAGCGCAUCCAUUCCCUAACAUUAAACUAUGUCAGGCAAGGCUUGAUAUUAUGUAUGGUACACACCAUAGUAAGAUGAUGUUUCUUCUCUAUGCUAAUGGAAUGAGAGUAGUGAUUCAUACGGCUAACAUCAUUGAGAUGGAUUGGCAUCAGAAAACUCAAGGAGUGUGGAUCAGUCCUCUCUUCCCAAAGUUACCUUCAGCCAAACAGACAGCAACAGAUGGGGAAUCACCAACUUUCUUCAAAAGAGAUCUACUAGCUUACCUCACAGCGUACAGGGCACCAUCACUGCAGCCAUGGAAAGAUCAUAUCUCGCAACAUGACCUUUCAGGUGCCAAGGUAUUUCUUAUUUCAUCAGUGCCUGGCAGACAUAUUGGAGAAUCCAAAGAUAAAUGGGGUCAUCUCAAAGUCAGGAAGAUUCUACGGCAGUAUGGUCCAGACAAACAACUAGUCCAGGCCUGGCCGGUCAUUGGUCAGUUUUCCAGCAUUGGUUCUCUGGGUGCAGACAAGACCAAAUGGCUGUGUGCUGAGUUCCUUCAAAGUAUGUCAAGUGUCAAAGGUCAAUCAGGGUCAUUCACCUCCAAUGCUGAUACAAGACAUAUGAAGCUGAUCUACCCAUGUUCUGAUAAUGUGCGAACAAGCCUUGAAGGUUACCCUGCUGGUGGAUCAUUACCAUACAGUAUACAGACAGCCAAGAAACAGCCAUAUCUUCACCAAUUCUUCUUUCAGUGGAAGGCAUCUAGAAUUGGUCGUAGCAGAGCCAGCCCUCACAUCAAAUCCUAUUCCAGACUUUCUCCAGAUAAUAAAGAGAUUGCGUGGUUCAUGGUGACAAGUGCUAAUUUGUCUAAGGCAGCUUGGGGAGUUUUUGAGAAGAAUGGCAGUCAGCUGAUGAUUCGUUCAUAUGAGAUUGGAGUCAUGAUGAUCCCCUGUAGCUUUGAUAAGACUUGGAAGACGUUUCCCUUAGUGGAUGGGUGUGGCCAGAAAGAAUUCUCACUCCCUUGGGACGUUCCUCUCACACCAUAUUCUAAAUCAGAUCGACCAUGGAUCUGGGAUAUCCCAUACACUGAUAAGCCCGAUUCCCAUGGAAACGCUUGGGUGCCUGGAAGAAGAUGAUCGUUUCAUAAUGGAAUAGAUUGAUCUUGCCAUCUUGAAACCAGAAGCUAAUUUCCUUAGUUUGGGCCCUGUUCCACAAAACUUGCGGCUUAAAGGGAAGUCCAUCUCGACACCAAGUUGGUAUUCACAAGAGCAGAGAAAUUAUAGAAACAUGACAGUCUUCAAAUAUCCAUCAAAUAUUAAUAAAGUAAUUGAUUCUUAAAGUUAAUUUGUGUUAACUCAUGCAAGCAGUUCACUCAUUUGUUACAUAAUGUAUUAUUCUUUGAUGGAUUUUCGCCAAUUUUUUAUUGGUGUGAUACUUUAAUUUUCUUUAAAAUUUAUAUCCAACUUGACAUCUGGGUGGGCUUCCCAUUUGACAUUACCAUCAAUACUAAUGGAAAAUCUGAUUUUGAUUUGCUGUUGAGCAUCGUCACCAUGAAGUUAUUUAGUUCUUCCACUUACAAAUAUAAGAUUUUUUAAUUGAAAGACUAUGAUCUGAUUUCACAAGAAAAAAAAAAAAAAAAAAACAGAAGUCUUUUAUGUGCAAUUGUAUACCUGCCAAGAGUUCCUAUUAAAUAGGAUUAUUCCUCUUUUGAGGAAAAGAAAGUUGCCCUUGUAAAUUUUGUGUUUCUGUUUUUUUAUGUGAUUCUACUUAUAGUAUAGUGUAGGGAAUUCAGGAAUGUUCCUAUUUCUGUGAAUGUUUUAGUAAUUUGUUUUAUUUCUCAGCUGUCAAGGUUGGCAGAUAUGCAGUUGAUAUUAUUGUUAUGCUUUGGCGAAUGUUUUACAGGUUUCACCGUUAUAUUCACUUAGUAGAUGAUUCCUCAUUCUUGGAAAUGCGACAAGCAUAUUUGUCAUGGAAAAUUACUGCAGUAUUUUAUCUCUGUAUGAUUUCUUUCAUAGAGAAUUGAAGAAUAUUGGAAGAAAAGAAAAUAAAGUGAUAUUUCUUAAUUCUCUUUAGCAGUGUACUGUUAAGUAAAAUUUCAGGAGGAUGCUGUUUAAAAGAUGAUUUAUAUUUGCAAUUGAUCAUAUUGUGUUGUAUUAUUUCCUUGACCCUCACAGAAUCACAUUUGUUUAUUUAUUGAUCAAUUUUAUGUCAGGCCAUUUCUCUCACUGGCUGCUUUCAUUAUCAUUCUCAAAGAAUAAUGGAAUUCAGGAUUGCAAAUCCACAAAAAAAUGCACUCGGGUAUGAAGUGUCUAGAAAAAAAAAGGAAAACAAUAUAUUUUCCAGGUUAGAAACAUGAUUUUCUGAGAUUUCUAAAGGAUGCUCAUGAAGUUCAUGUUUUCUUCUUUACUUGAUACAUGACUUAUGGGCAAUUCCAUAAAAUAUGUACAUCCGACCCCCUAUGUGUGGGACUUUCAUGAAAUUUUCUGUCUCUGAUUUCUUGUUCUUUUGACAGUCUGUAAUGCUGUAAAAUGACUAGAUUUGGUCAGUUUAUGAAGUGAAGUAAAACUUGAGAAAAAUGGGGGUCGGAUGUACAAAAAGGUUGAUUAUUUUAUGGAAUUAUCAAGUGUAGGUAUCGAUGAGCAAUAAGGGUAUAGCAGUGUGGGGAAAAUAUAAUGUGUACCUCCCCCAUAAGAAUGAAUGCGAGGGAGCACAGCUCUCUCUCUUUCUCCCAUAUCUUUAUCUCUCUUUCUCUCACCUCACCUGAACAAGUUACUUGUGUCCCAUUUAAGCUCUGAGUUGUCUUCCGAUAGGUGCUUUUCUAUAAUAUUGGUGCUCUUUACUUCUUGUGCUAUUUUUGUCUCGAUAAAAACAUAAAAUGGGCCAAACUUUAUUGUUCUGCCAUCUAAUAUGAUAUAUUUUUUCAGGUAUAUCUGUUCAAAAUAAUAUUAACUCAUUACAUGUCAAAAGUAUGAUGCCAUCGUUAAUUGAUUUAAAAUUUCCACACACAGACUUUAUACUACGGGUUUCUUGAUCGAAUAAUGUAUUGCCCAAGUUCAACUUGUAUCGCUAGAGUCUCAGAUGAGGGUGGUAUUAUUUUGAUAUAAAACAUCUAAAUUCCUAUCAUUACUUCUAUUGUUGUUGCUCUUAUUAAUACUAUGCUUUAGAGCUCUAUCUGAGGCUGGCCAAAUAUUGCCAAACGAGGCAAGGUCUCGAUUUGAGUUUCUCAGGAGAGAGUAUGUGGGAGAAACUUUUGUCAGGGAGGUUUUUUAUUUAUUAUGUAUUAUGUUGAACACAAGAAUAGGUCACCAGUCCUUCAUAAAAUUGUGUUUAAAGUACCAACAGCUUUAUGAACAGCCCUGACCUCAGAUCCACCCCUGCUAUAUUAUACCCUGAAUAUUAAUAAUCUUAAUAAAGGAAGGAGCUUGUCUUUCACUUAAAUUCUGUAGAUGAGACUAUUGCCCAUAUUAUAGUUUAACUAUGUGUAGCCAAAUGUGACAUCAAUCUCAAUAAUUAGAUAUCAAUUGAUCAUCACAGUCGGCAUUCAAAUCAUUACAAACUGUCUUGAAAUGACAAAAUACAAUACUUUUUGUAUCGCCCACCGGAGGUGAAGGCGAGACUUAGGGAUCCAAAUGUUGUCCGUCCGUCACAAACCUAAUGACACCUAACUCCGCAACCGUAAGUCGCUUUUCAACCAAACUUGGAUGGUAGAUGGACUUGGGGGACCUGCAUGUUAUGCUGCAGUUGGAGGUCACAUGGUAAGGUCAAAGGUCAUUUUCAGGUCAACAUUAAAGUUUACGUGCAAGUGUUAUUCCAUCCCAGUCAUUUCACAAUGAAGUUUCGAUACAAUUCUGUUGCGUGCCCUCGCAAAUCACGAUAUUUCUGGUUAUUUUCAUAAGUGGGCGAGACACAAAAUCGCUUUUGCCUUGUUUUUUAACCUUAAAAACAUAGGAAGGAUUUCAGUAGAUACAAGAAGCAUUAUAGCAUAAGCAAAUUCUUGACACUGAGCCUUGUAGAAUAUGAGCCUAUAUGUUUACAGGUCAGCACAAACAUGCAGUUGUUACGGAGGUGUUUGUAACACUCACCUAAUCGGUUUGUGUGUUCAAAGUUCAUUAGUAUCGCCCACUUUUCAUCAUUAUUAAACCUUUACCAGACUUUUAUACAACUUUUAUAAGUGUUUAUAAACAUGGACGCAUGAACAAUAUACUCUACUUUUCAAUUGGCUUUGAAAUAGUUGUAUAAUUUACAUCUGUAGACAAGUAUAAGCCUACUCAUUAAAUAUUUUAUAUUGGGCAUUAUGAAUAUUUGUCUGUGUUUUAUGGUUUCUUGUUGAGUGUAUAUGGGAUAAAUGUCAAACAUUUAGAGCAACUUUGUUUAGACAUUAAAAAAAAUCUUCA